GGGGGCGGGUGCUCUGCAGAGGGUCCGCUGUGCCAAUGGCCGCCGCCAGGGUCGCCACCGGUGCCCUCCCUCCUCGUCUCCCUCCCCCUCGAGUCGCCGCGAUGUCCCCUGCGCUCCUGUCCCCUCCCGUGUAGUGCUUGCCUUUGUUCCAGGAAUAGCGCUCCAGGCUCCUGCCGCCGCCCCUGGGCCUCACUUUGGAGCGAGUCGCCGCCGCCCUCUCCUUCCAUCCGGCCAGCCCCACCCAUGCAUAUUUGGACGCUGUCCUGCUCUCCAGCUGCAAGCUGGGCUCCUGUUACACACUGGAUAGACCACCCACAGCCGCCGCUGCCAACCCCCCUCCUCCCCACGAGACUGCCAGACGACUACAUCAUUCUGCCCACAGACCUGCGCUGCCACUGCCAUCGCCAUCCACCGCAUCCCAGUGAUCUGGACUCACCUCGGAGGUAUCUGAGCUGGCCACACCCCCUGGACAGUGAUCCAGACCGCUGGCUGCACCCCAAGGGAUCUGUCACCUUCAGCGAGACCUACUUCCUCCCCACCCCCAGAGACUUCUUGUGUUCCUGCCUAGGCCCAGGUGUGCCUGGCAGCCAAAUCGAGUCUCUGAUUUUCUCUUGUGGACCAGUUAGUUUUGUCCAUAACCCAGUUUUCUGAGUUUGCAGCUGUCUCUCUGAUGUGUGCCUUUUGUUCAAAACAGUAACCCCUGCAUUCUGCUCUGCUCUAAUACACUACCUGGAGAAAGCCUUUUCCUUAUUUUCAAUAAAUGUCAGACAUUAUUGAAAAGAAA